UACUUUAACCGAACAAGAUGGCGGAGCGCGGUGGACUGAGACGUCGAAAUUUCGCGGAGACAAAUCAUAUAGGUCACAAAUCUAACGAAGAUAUGACUGGAGUGGAGGAAGUGCCGCUGUACCAUCCGGUUGAGGAGUCAAGCCCUGGCACAAAUGGAGUGGCCCCUUGUGCUGUGGAAGAGGAGCCUGACCUUGAGGAGGAAGAGCCAGUUGCUCAAGGAGCUCGGCCAGUACAAAUUGUGUUGGCCAAAGAGGACGACCACAUGUUUGAGUUAGAUGCUGCUGCUCUGGAGAAGAUUCUAAUGCAAGAACAUGUCCGAGAUCUCAACGUAGUCGUGCUCUCUGUUGCUGGGGCUUUUCGCAAGGGCAAAUCCUUUCUGCUGGACUUCAUGCUACGCUACAUGCACUGUCAGUCUUCUGAGUCAUGGAUGGGAGGAGAUGAUGAGCCACUAACAGGUUUCUCCUGGAGGGGGGGUUGUGAGCGAGAGACAACAGGAAUCCAGGCCUGGAGUGAAGUCUUUGUGGUGGAAAAGCCGGAUGGCAGUAAGGUGGCUGUCCUUUUGGUUGACACUCAGGGAGCCUUUGACAGUCAGUCCACCAUCAAAGACUGUGCUACAGUUUUUGCCCUCAGCACUAUGACCAGCUCAGUACAGGUGUAUAAUCUUUCACAGAAUAUUCAGGAAGAUGACCUGCAGCAUCUGCAGCUUUUUACAGAAUAUGGUCGUCUAGCAAUGGAGGAAAUCUAUGAGAAACCAUUUCAGAAACUAUUGUUUCUGAUCAGAGAUUGGUGUUACCCUUAUGAACAUGGCUAUGGACUUACUGGAGGGAAUCGUUUCUUGGAACGGAGACUUCAGGUGAAACCGAAUCAACAUGAGGAGUUGCAGAAUGUGAGGAAGCACAUCCACUCUUGCUUCUCCAGCAUUGACUGCUUUCUGCUGCCUCACCCAGGGCUGAAGGUGGCAACUAACCCCUACUUCGAUGGCAGACUAAGAGAUAUUGAUGAUGAAUUCAAAAAGGAGCUGCAAAAUCUAGUACCGCUACUGCUGGCGCCUGAGAACCUGGUGGAGAAAGAGAUCAAUGGAGCCAAGGUCACAUGCCGGGACUUGCUGGAGUAUUUCAAGGCCUAUAUUAAAAUCUACCAAGGUGAGGAGCUGCCUCAUCCCAAGUCCAUGUUGCAGGCAACAGCUGAAGCCAACAACCUUACAGCUGUGGCUGGAGCAAAAGACACCUAUAGCCGUGGAAUGGAGCAGAUUUGUGGUGGAGACAAACCAUACCUUGCACCUAUAGACCUCCAGCGAUAUCACGAGGAGAUAAAGCAAACUUCUGUCAAACAGUUCCGUGCUGUUAAAAAGAUGGGAGGAGUCGAGUUCAGCCAGCGCUACCAGGAUCAGCUGGAGUCCGAGCUUGAUGAAGUUUAUGCAAAUUUCGUUAAACACAAUGAAAGCAAGAACAUCUUCUACGCAGCAAGAACUCCUGCCACACUCUUCGCCGUCAUGUUUUUCACCUACAUAGUCUCUACAGUAACAGGCUUUAUUGGUUUGUCGGUAAUCGCAUCGCUGGCCAACCUUGUAAUGGGUGUGUCACUGCUGUCAUUGUGUGCUUGGGCGUACGUGAGAUACUCUGGGGAAUAUCGAGAAGUGGCUGUGGCUAUAGACCUCACAGCAGAGGCCUUGUGGGAGCAGGUGCUGAAGCCACUGACUGAGCAAUACAUGGAGGAAAAUAUUCGCCAAACUGUUGUUAACUCUAUAAGAGCCAGUCUGGCGGAACAGGUGACACAAACUGCAAAGUUAAAGACCACCUGACCGGUCAUCCCUCUUUUCUAUGUGUGAAGUGUGUUUUUUGUGUAGUUUCUAUUUGAAUUCUGUUCCCUUAGACUCAAGAAUUAAAACCAAAGUUUACAACCUGUACCCUGUCCAUCAUACAGCUUCAGUGAAGGAGCUUUGCUCAGUCACUGUAAUGUAGAAAAGCACUUGCGUGUAUACACAUUUUGUGAUUUUUAAAUUUAAGUUCUACAUGCAUGUUCAGAUGUCUUAUGCCAAGAAGUUAUCUGGGGAAAGGUUGCAUCCAUUUUACGUGUUUGUUUUAAACGAAUUAAUCCCUGGAUUUCUGUUCUUUUUAAGUCUAUUUAGAUUAAUUAGUUAAUUUUAUUAGAAGUUGAUAUCUCUGUAAAGUUGCAGAGUUUAAGAACAGUGCAACCUUUGCCCAUACUGAACUUGAUCGUUUGUUGUACAUGUUUAAAUACUGACAUUCAUAUGACUUUGUUGUUUUUUUGGGUAAAUGCACGGUUAAUGGUGACUCUAAAUCCAUCCAAAACUCCUUCAAACCAGUCACCCCUGUACACUUUAGAUCAUAUUUUAAUCUUAAGCAUGUACAUGAAUGUAUAAAUAUAAUUUUAUAUUAUAUUUCUGAAUCAUGGGUGAGGAGGGGGUAGUUCAUAUAUGCUUGCUCUGUACUGUAUGUGAAUUAAACUGUUCAUUUACUGUACUUUGCUAAAGCUUGCCUGAACCUAUUGCAUCAUGCACAGCUCUGUGACUUGAGUGUGCAUGGGGUGAUAUGCUUUGUCUGCCUUUUAAGGACAUGUCCUAUAAUUUAUUUUUUAAAUUAAAAAUAUUUAAAUGAUUUUU